AUGACCACACCGAUCUUUCUAAAUAGUGGUGGAGAUGACGACCAGGGCGGACACUCGCACAUUGAUGAGGAUACAAACAAUCAUUCCCAGCACUCAGUCAAUUCCAAUGAAGAAGGUAACACAGGAGACUUGGUCGGUUCUGCCAACCGGUCGGAUCAAGGAAUGAUUAAGCCUCCUCAACACAUAAAAACAGAAGACAGAAUGGUAACAUUCAAAUACUUUAUUACUACAUUGAAGCAUGUCUUCAACUUAGAUAAUGAUAAGUUAUUGGCCCAGUUGAAUACUUGGUUGAAGUAG